AUGGAAGAAUUGUUCCUUAGCAAGAUGACUCUUCUUAACAAAACGUUUUUAAAUUUUAUUCAAAAAUCUGUGAGCAAAAUGCCGGACGCUGACCUGUCACCCACUGUAAGAGACUACUUGAAACAUGUCGAAGAACUAGAUCGGACUUAUGGUAGCAUCAAUUCGGUUGGUAAGGAUGGUGUUAUGAAGGCAGUAGAUGUUGUGGAGAAUAGUAAUACUAAUAGUAAUUCACGAAAAAUGGAGGUUUCAAAAAAAGAUGGAGGGAGUGAAUGCAGUACAAUGACAAAAUGUGAUGUCAGUCAAAAAACUCCCUUAAAUAGUGCUCUGAAUUCAUUUACCACAACAGCGAAUUCACCAAGCAUGCCGAAAAUAACCUUUGAUAUGUCUGUAUCACCACUGGAUGCUUCAGAAAAACGCGGAAAGAAACGAGCGAAAAGAGGUGGUCCUGAGGAAGGCGAUAAUGAAGUGAUUAUUUUGAAUCAUAACUUCUUAGUUAUUACGUUCCAGUAUUCAGAUAACUUUCAGAAUUCCUCUCCUCUUAAGCGUGACUCAGAAGAAAGGGAAAAGGAAAAAAAGGAAAUUAGAACAGUGCUUCAUUUGUCAUCAGCUAUUGAUAAUUCACCAACUUCAAGCAUAUUAAAAUCAAAUUUGAAUAGCGGCAAUACUUUAAAUAAUGGAACGAAAAAUGGAGGCAACUCAGAUGCUGUCGUAAAUAUCACUAAGGAAACAAUUAGCAGCAAACGUUCUAUGGCUCCAUUUGUUUGGAGUGAGAAGUCUGCAAAGAAUGAAUCAUCAUCUACGAUGCAGAACUUUGCUUCUGAAAAAUUGACUAGAAGUGUUGAGGAAGGGGGAAAAACUGAAAAAGCUCCUUGGUUUGAGCCAUAUUUGUUUACAGCGCAUAAAAUUCAAAACCAGGAAGACCAGAUUUCUGGACUCAUGCAAGAAAGCUUGAGUUCGGCAUGGAAACCUGAUGUUACUCCCGUAUUUUCAUUCCUUAAACCGGUCUCGACAGAAAAGAGUUUUGAAGUCUCCAAUCCCUUGCAACCUAAAUUUGAUUUUAAGUUUGAAGCUCCACCGAUGGUUCAAUCUAGCACCACAGAUGAAAAUGAAGAUGAAUAUAUCCCACCGAAAGUAGAAAAUGUGAUUGUGGAGGAACCGAAUUCUCUGUUUUCGUUAAAGUGUUCAGCUUUUGUGUUGAAAGGGAACGAAUAUGAAAAGUUGGGAAUUGGACAGCUGUAUAUCAAGAAGGAUGAGAAAGAUCAUGAAAAGAAAAUUCUGCUCGUUCGUGCUGCGACCACUACAGCUAAUGUGUGGGUGAAUUCAUACAUUGACGACACGAUGAAAUUCACGACCAUUGAUGAUGCCAAAUUGAGGCUCAGUUGUGUGUCCAAUGGAUCACCGUCGACAUAUUUGCUACGUUUACCAAACGAGGAGGACCGUGAUAAAGUGGUAGCAGAACUCCCUCAGUAA